GUCGCAGCCCCGGGCGGUGGGACGGACGCCGCCCACAUCGGUGCGCCGCUCCGCGGCAUGGACCCUGUCAGCCAGAGUGCCCGAGCUGUCAGCUCGUAACGUCUCAGAAAACCGCUCAUCGUCUACAAGAGGUCGUCUCAAGGUCAGAUCAUGGGCUGCGGGGAGAGCAAGCCAGCACGGACACAGAUCAAGGUCACGACCGCUCGCCCGGUGGGCAGUGACCCCACCGAGCAGGCCGUUGACCUCACCAAGCCAAGGUCAGGAAGGUCAGCCGGAGCCUCGGGUCAGUCCAUCAGCAGCGUCACGCCCACUCUACUGGUUGAAGAUGAUCUGGAUAUCCCAAACUGCGACCUUGGGGAGUCGCUCGAUGCCCGGAACGGCACGCUGCUUUUUGAGGACCUCAAGUCGCACUCGGCUAUGUCCAAGGAAAGUGCCGACAGCGGCAUCUAUGAUCUGGAUGAGAACUACAGUCACGUGAUCACCGAACACUCGGCGGCAGAAAUGGUCAAGUUGGUUGAGCGCGACUUCAAGCCGCCAUACGAGCUCGAGCUUGAGGUGGUGGGGAAGGCUGUGCCGCGCCUCCUCUCCGGCUACCAGAAGAACCGCAUGGAGGAGAAGCAGAUCCUGCAGUCGCUGCGGGAGGAGGGGCUCAUCGCCAUGCCUAAGGCCAAGGCGACCAACGGCCUCAGCUUCGACAUCGUGGACAUCAAGGAGACGGACGGCGUGCAGCGGCGGGGCGCCUCGGCCGUCCAGGAGCGCCUGCCCUCGCUCCACCUGCAGAGCCUGGAGGCACGGCGGCGUGCGCACGUGCGCCGCGUCGACCCCGAAGCCGACCAACGCGAGAAGGAGGAGCGCAGAAAGGCGGCAGAAGAAGAAAGAGUGCAAAAAAUCACUAUGAAACAACAGUAUAUCGAGGAGGCGAAGCAGAAACGCAUUGAAGAAAAGGAGGACCAGCUGGGAAAGAAGAUUGACACCGCUCUAGACAAAAGGCAGAAGCACCUGAACGAGCUGCGCGACAAGCUCAAGGGGCGUCAGGAGCACGCCAAGCAGGUGCAGCUGAAGAAGGCGCUGCGCAACUUCGGCCAGCCGGUCACCCACCACGGAGGCCGACCCGUCAUCACCGAGGAGGACGACAAGUUCUUCAACUAGCGCGCCGCCUUGCUCACGCUGGCGCAGGUCAUGGUGUGACGCCGGGCAUGACUCCGAUCCCAGUCGGGGUCGCCGAGUUACGUCACGGCGCAGUGUGGUAGAGUGACGUCACGCCGUGCUGCCCGUUGUGACGUCACGGUGCGGUGUGACGGAGUGACGUCACAGCGUAGGGCCGCGACGCUGUUAGUUGAAAGUCGUGCAGUGACGCGACGCGAUGCCGCGGUUUCGGCGGGGUUGCGUGCUGCCCGCCUCGAAUUACGUCACUCAAUGCUGUGGCCGCCAUGCAGCUGCCUCUGCGGACGUGAUGGAUGACGUCACCAGCUGGCGUCGCGUUCCGUCACCCCUGUGGAGUGACGUCACCAUGCGCUGCGGCAGCGCCUCUCAGCUUCGUCAGUUGUUAUCGCUGUGGGUUGUCGGAGGGGCACUGGCCGAAAAAUGAACAGACCAAAAGGCAGGUAGAAUGGGAUCACAACCACAAGGCUCAUCAAAUAUUUCCAAAGUCUAGUGGUCAGCCAACUCCCCCUUUUCUCCCCGAAUAUUAAGUGUACAGCGGCCGCUGGAUGGCAUAGUAGUCUCCUUGGUAACUUUUCAUGCAAAUUUCGCAAUUGCUUGAAAGUGUUAUUUGAUUCUGAGUUGGUGAGUCGUUGUGCACAACUGCCGUGCCUUUAUUCUCAGAUGUUGUGGAAGCGCGAACGAUAGUACUGCUGCACUCCGUGAGAUUUUUGAACAGUUUACGGUGUCUUUGUUGUGAAAUGACGUUAUCAGUUGUAUUUUUAUAACUUUGGCUCCAUCGAGUAUAUCGUUAUGGCAGUGUUGCAUUAUUUCGGUUUCCAUGCACUGAAGUGACCCCACACCCCACGACUGAUGAUUCUCCCUCGAACAGUCCGUGCGGACCCAUCGUAAGAGCUGUGGACCUUGUCACUCGACCUUGUGGUUCAGUUCGGCUCAGUAAACAGGUAUGUUGGGAAAGGGUUACAGUUCCCAGUCAUGUGAAACCGUCGGAAGCCAUGCAUUAACGCUUGGAUAUCUGCUGGAAGGCGAGAAACACUGAAAUUAGAUUAGAAAUCCAGAGGCAUGAAUCCAUUGUUUGAUAAAAGAUGUUUGUCUUAGAGUCAUCGUUAUAGGAGUUCACUCAGCUUAUGACAAUCUAAGAAAUAUCAGCCAUAGAUUCGACCUGUGAUAAAACAUUCCGUCCAAUGACUGUGUCUAGAGCGUCGCAGACGUUUUGCAUAUAAUCCUCAUUCGGUUGCUCAAGCAAGCACGACUUGCUGGAAAUAGAAUGAGGCCUGCGAUAAAUGCAAUUAACUGAAUAAAACAGUCUGUUAGGGUGUUUCUGUCGUGUAAAUCUGUAAGCUGGAACACAACUGUGUCACGGAAUGCCUAUUCGAAAUGACGGCCCGUCACAGAAUACACAGGAUCCGUUCCCGCCUUGAUGGA